AUGGAUAGACAAGGAACCGGAGGCCCUCCGCCACUACCCAGUCAACUCUUUUCGUCUGGUGCGCAGCGAUCCACUCUUCCAGCUUAUUGCGCGGCGUUGGGUGACUUUCUCGAGAAGGUGCCCUUCCAAACCUAUCCCUCUGCCCCGCUUAACGUCCCGCCCGAGCGGCUGUCUGUUGACAGGACUUCAAAUAACCGGCCUCAGCCUCCUGGUGGUAUCGAACCAGACGGCUGGAACAAUAUCUCAGAUUCUGGGGCUACGACAGAACCGUUGGCCCAUGAUGAAUUGGAGAAUCUUCCCUAUUGGUAUGGGGCGCAGCAGGUUGAAAAGAGCCUUAAGAUUUAUCAUGUCGGAGAUAAAGUAUGGCGAAAUAAUAAAUAUGGUCACCAUGUGUUUUAUGUGGUGGGAACAUAUCUCCCAGACAACUGGCUCCCUGAAAAUGCGAGGCUCCAGUUGUGGAAGCAGGAGGAGAAACGAAAGAGAAGCAAGGAGGAGAAACAACAAAGGGAGAAGGCGAUGCUACGAAAGAAUCGUCUGAGCACAUUACGUCCUCGACCAUCAACACGCAAUUAA